GCUUUGAUAGUGUGUCAUGUCUGUUUUAGCAGUUUUAGGUUAAGUUGAAAAAAUAAGAUGGAAUUUUGGAAAAACAAGUUAGGCUCUCCCGUGAGAAUAGUUGCUCCUAUGGUAGAUGCUAGUGAACUACCUUGGAGAUUAUUGAGUCGAAGGUAUGAUGCUCAACUAUGCUACACUCCAAUGUUACAUAGUAGUAUAUUCUGCAAUGAUCCUAAGUACAGAAAAGAAGCCUUAGCUUCUUGUGAAGAAGAUAAACCCUUGAUAGUUCAGUUUUGUGGAAAUGAUCCUGAAAUCAUGCUUCAAGCAGCACUCCUAGCUGAGGACUAUUGUGUCGCUAUUGAUAUUAAUUUAGGUUGCCCUCAGGCUAUAGCUAAAAGAGGACACUAUGGUUCUUUUCUACAAGAUGAAUGGCCUUUAUUGCAAAAAAUUGUAAGUACCCUGAAUAGUAAUUUAAAAGUACCUGUCACCUGCAAGAUUCGAAGAUUUGAGAGUAUUGAAAAAACAGUUAGGUAUGCUAAAAUGUUGGAAUCUGCUGGAUGUAAAAUGUUGACUGUACAUGGUAGAACAAGAGAACAAAAAGGACCUCUCACUGGUUUAGCGGACUGGAGUUAUGUUAAGGCAGUAAGGGAGGCUCUGAGUAUUCCAGUUAUAUCGAACGGCAAUAUCCAAUGUAUUCAAGAUGUUGAAAGAUGUUUAGAAGACACUGGCACUGUAGGAGUAAUGGUAGCAGAGGGAAACUUGUAUAAUCCUGCAUUAUUCAAAGGAGAUAAUCCCCCUUCAUGGAUACCUGCCUUUGAGUAUUUAGAUUUGGUGAUAAAAUAUCCUUGUCCAUUGUCAUACGUCAGAGGUCAUCUUUUCAAAUUAUUUCACCAUGUGUUAACAAUAUCUUCAAAUAACCAUUUGCGGAUCAGGUUAGGUGCAGCCAAUACUUUACAUCAGUUCAGGGAAAUCACAACUGAAAUCAAGGACAUGUAUGAGCAUUUUCAUGAAGGUUUGAAAACAUGGGAACAAACUACUGAAAAUGGUACUCAAAAUCUAAUUCUUCCUCCUUGGCUAUGUCAGGCAUAUGUUAGAGACACCCCCGAAAAUCACAUUAAAAAAGUAGAAGAAAAUAAGAAGAAACUGAAUGAAGAUAAAUUGAUACCGGAGAAUAAAAGACAUUUCGAAAAUGCUGAGGGCAAUAUCAUAAGUAGAAAAAAAAUGAAAAAACUUCGAAGGAUAAGCAGAAGACCUGAAAAACCACCAAAUUUACCAGAGAGAAAUUUGGAAAAGUGCACAAAAUGUCUUAAUCCAUUGGGAUCCAAAUGCAUAUAUAGAUUAUGCAAAAAAUGUUGCAAGGACAAAUGUUAUUUAGGAAAUCUAGAUUGUGAAGGACAUAGAAUAUUAGUGAAGACAAGAAGGGAAAUAGCAAAGAAACAUGCUAAACAAGAUAAAAUAAUUGUCAAGGAAUCUGGGGUGUCAUAGUGGAAAAAUUUUAUUUUGAUGAAUUUCAUAGAUAUAUGAAUGUUAUGCGGAUUUUAUUAUUUUGUAUAAAAUGAUAACACAUUA